CUCUUCAAUUACGAUAGCCUGGACAGGGUUUGGCUUUGAAGUCUGGCGAUACCAAUUGGCAUAGUUACCUUCGAACACCUCCCCCACUCAUUGCUGGGAGAACGACGCCAUCAUGUCCGAAAAGUCAGUCUUCAAGUCUGCGCCUGCGAGCCCUGACCCGGAGCACGCUGAGCCUGCGGUUCCCUACUCCCGCUGGGCCGCCAUCUUCGGCGGGAGCGGUGUCAGCAUUGGUCCCCGCAUCGCAGGCCUGCCCGACUUCGUCAAGAACGACGUCUCCGACAGCGAGGAUACGAGCUCGGCUAUUGUCAACAAACAAAUAGCGGCCGAGGAUGGCUCAGAGAUCCAAUACCGAACCUGCUCGUGGCAGAAGACCGCCGGCUUGCUCUUCAGCGAGUACAUUUGCCUAGCCAUCAUGAGCUUCCCCUGGUCGUACAGUGUGCUCGGACUGGUUCCCGGCCUGAUUCUGACAGUCGUCGUUGCCGCUACCGUCCUAUACACCAGCCUCGUGCUGUGGAAGUUCUGCCUUCGGCACCCCGAGGUGCGCGACGUGUGCGAUCUUGGCCAGAUGCUCUUCUGGGGUAAAGAAUGGGCCUGGUGGGGAACAGCUGUGAUGUUCAUUUUGAACAACACUUUCAUUCAGGCUCUUCAUGUGCUUGUUGGUGCCAAGUACCUCAACACCAUGACGGAGGCCGACGACGUUGGUCAUUGCCGCACAGUGAUGUUCUCUGUCGUUGUUACCAUCAUUUGCUGCAUAGGCUCGCUGCCCCGAACCUUUGACAUGAUGUCCAAGCUCGGCACGGCCUCAGCCAUAUUCACCUUCAUCUCCGUCCUUCUCGCCGCCGUCUUCGCGGGCGUUCAGGGCAAGCCGUCCCUGUAUGACCCCAGCACAUUGGGCGAGCCUAUCGUCACAGCCUUCCCAGUCAAAGGGACGACCUUUGUCAAUGGCAUGUCUGCAUUUCUCAACAUCAGUUACACUUUCAUCGGCCAGAUUACACUGCCUAGCUUCAUUGCCGAGAUGCGAGACCCUCGGGACUUCCCUAAGUCACUCUGGGCCUGCACUAUUGCCGAGAUUUUCGUCUUCAGUAUCGUCGGCGCUGUUGUGUACGCCUACUCCGGCAAUCAGUACGUGACUGCGCCAGCAUUUGGCUCGCUCGACCUGGUUUAUAAGAAGGCGGCGUUCUCGUUCAUGAUUCCGACCAUCAUUUUCUUGGGUUGUUUGUAUGCAUCGGUGACUGCGCGCUUCGUUUUCUUCCGCGUAUUCCGAAACACGAAGCAUGUCAACAGCCACACCGUGGUGGGUUGGGGUUCUUGGGCUGGGAUCUUGGUGACGACUUGGGUUUUCGCCUUUAUCAUCGCUCAAGUAAUCCCAUUCUUCAAUUCUUUACUAUCCGUCAUGUCGUCGCUAUUUGACUCCUGGUUCGGCUUCAUCUUCUGGGGUGUCGCCUUCUUCCGAAUGCGCACUGCGGACAAGCAGGUGGGACGAAAGCACAGCACCGUGACGGACUGGGCUGGUAUCGUGGUCAAUGUGUUUUUAAUCCUGGUAGGCAUCAUGUUUCUGACGGUGGGAACAUACGCCAGUGUCCAGGGAAUCAUCGACCAAUUCGAAGCCGGGACGGUGGGAGGUGUGUUCUCGUGCGCUAGCAAUGGUAUUUAAAUGUCGAGGAUAGAUGGUUCGUUGCAUGGACACAUAAUGUGACGUCAAGGAGACUGGAAUAAUUAGUUUCCAUCAGGACCGCAAGAAUAUGGACAUGUUCAAGAUACCCCUAGAUUGUCAGGUUUUCAAUUCGUUUUGGAUGGCAAAAUAGUC